AUGUGGGGCUCAUCAUUCAGCCUUUCAGUUGUCGACAAAUUUGUCUUUAGGGAAAUAGUUGACAACAUCAUCACUCCUCCCAAGAACUAUGCAACACUUCGUAAUUCGGAUUUCUGUCCUGGAAGCAGUGAUCGUUGGGGUCAUCGUACUCUAGUUCAUUGGCGUCGUUGUAAAAAUAUGAGAGAUGCUCUUCUGUCUCUCAGAUAUGAGCAAUUCGAGGAUCUUGAUGAGGAAGUGGAUAUGACUGAUGAUUAUUUGAUUUAUGACAGAUAUGAUCCUCCAAGAGAAUUUUACAAUCUCGAGGAUCAUCUUGUUGACAAUUAUGUUUAUGUGAAGAGAAACAUCGGAAGAAAUUCUUCGGACUCCUCUUCUUGGAGUGUUAUUUCAAUUGAUUGA